AUGGUCAUCGUAUUCAGAUGCAAGAAGUCGAAUUCAUGUCGCCACCGACCAACCCACCGGAGACUUGUGAUUCGUAUCGACAAGGGUGGUGGGGUCAGUGUGUCCAACCUGUCGCAUAACUUCACGCUCUGCUUCCCAUCUACUGCAUCGGAACAGAAAAUGCUCCAUCGUCUCUGGUCCACAUCCACAAUCACACAUGUCCGACUCUGCGGCGCCGAUCUUGCUCAAGUAGCUGUUACAGCUAUCGUAUAG